AUGGAUUUCAGAUACAUUACUGAUAUGUUAACAGAUGAAGAAGCUUAUGAAAUACUCCAAAAUGGCCUGCUUGGGAAGAAGGAAAGGAAACAGCAAAUGUUGAAGCAUGGAUGUCUGGCUUGUACAAGAUCCUGUGCCUGGCUGGGCUACUCAGACCAGCAGUUAAAACUGAUGCUGGAUGCAAACCAACAAUGGGAAAUAAAGGAAGCAAUAGAGUGGGUCACUAAACCAUCUGAGUUUAAAUCCUUGUGGAUUAGGGAGCUAACUUUUUCAGAUGAGGAUAUGCAUAUCCAGAUGGGACAUGCAACAAUUUCAAUGACGUCAGCACUGAUAGGAACUGGUGUGGCAACCAGAGAGCGCUGCCACCACAGAGUGAUAUUUAAACAGCUUCUACAAGCUAAGGCUUUGAGUUAUCUCCAAAUUGACAGCUGCAGGCUGGGAAGUGUGAAUGAAAAUCUGUCUGUGCUGCUGAUGGCCAGAAAGUUCCAGAAUAAGUUCCAAAAUGCACACAGACUUGGGAGUCUCUGUAAAUUAGUCCAGCACUUGAUAAUAUUGGAUUAUAUCCCAGUAUCUGAAAGCCUUGAAAGCAGGUUAAUUAUACAGAAUAUUCCAGUAGCAAUUGACUGUGGGGACUGCAAAUACACUCAAGAACCUUUAACUUCUGAAAGUAUGCACACGGUAAAAAGUUGCUGA